CCAGGAGCGCGCCAAGCGCUUCAUGGCGUGUUUGGAUGCUGCCAAGCAGCGGCAGCUGCGGCUGCUAGCCUCGCUGGAAGCGGAGCAGGAGACAGCUGCCCCUGUGCUUCUGGGCAAGACGUCCUCACCAGUCGCGGAGCCUGAUGCUAAGCCCAAGGCCCGCGAGGCCCGCGAGGCCCGCAGCCAUCGUCUCAGCGCCUGGUCCGCUGAGCUGCAGCUGCCGCCGCCGGCGCUGCCAGUGCCGACGCCUGGGAGCUGCUCCAGUCGCUCCACCGAGGAAGGUUCCGCAGAACAGGACCUGCAGACAUCUGGCGGCUCAGCGGAGGCUUCGCAAGGCACCCAGGAGCUUGAGCUCCUGGUCCGCGAGACCCGGGCGAAUUCUGCGCAGUCGGCGCCGACGGCGGAGCCGGAUCCUUUCGCCGCGGAGGAGACCUACGACAGCUCCUCUGAUGUGGCCUCGAUGGAGCCCGCGGAAGCGCUGCCAGCGGCUCGGUGGCCAUCGCUGCAGCAGAUGCGGGCUCUGACCUUGGAGCGGCAAGGUGAGCUGCUGCGUUCCAUGGGCUCCGAUCUUGGAGACGAGGAGACUUUGAAACGUCUGGAAAACUUUGCAGAGAUGAGGCUGCCGUCCCUGAAGGGACCAGUUCUCACGGAUUUGCUGCAGGAGUUGCUUCGAGCUUGUGGCAUGUGGCCACGGCCUACGAGAGCCGUGGCCAGCAUCGAGCAAGCAGCGCUGCGAAGCCUACGAGCGCUCUAUGUGGCGAAUGGUGAUGCUUUCCGUGCAGCCGCAGGAGAUUUGCAUCCACUGCCUUUCAACGCCUUGACCGCGCUGCUACCGGAGCUGUCUCCCGCGGCUGCCGCGACUGUGCAGGCGCCAGCACGACCUUCCAAGCCCAAACCAGCAAGCUGGGCGAACGAAGGGCAUCGCCUCCUGGUCGCGGCGUUGAAGGGCUUGACGUCUUCCAACCGUCAGGCCAAGGCAGCCUCUUUGGAAAGUUUGCAGGAGCUGAUGCAGCACCCGGAGUGCUGCGAGGACUUCGCGGAGGUCUUGGCAUCGAAACUCGUCCAAUGCCACGGGCAGAGCUCGGGGGAGCUGAAGCGGAAAAGCCUCCGUCUAUUGGAGCGCUUGCUGGCCGCCAUUUUGCCCCUGAGAGCUAUGGAGAUUUUGCUCCCCCUGGUGACAGAGGCAGAUUUGGCUCUCUCCUUGUUACCCUUGAGCCUAAGACGCUUGCCUCCGAGGCAAGCCUUGGACCAUUUGGUACUGAUCCUGCCGGCACUCAGCACCGCCCUGUCGUGCGAUGUGGCUGAGACUCGCAAGGCGGCGAUUCUGUGCCUGGUGGAGCUGUACCUCUCCGUGGGCGAGGAAGCUCUGGAGGUGUUUGGGAAGGAGCUGGCACCGAGUCAGUUGAAACUCGUGGUGAUGUAUGCGGAGCGACAACGCUCACCAUCAUCCAAUGGGAGUCCAAAGCUGAGCUCCGAGCAUAAAACAAAACUCGACUGAGCUGUCGAUGGGUCAAACUGG